CCCCGUGCAGGGUGUGCAGCCCGCAGCCAGGCGCCCCCGCGCCGGGGGAGAAAGAGGGCCACGGCCUCUGCGGGAACCCCGCCCAGAAUGCGGGGGUCAGGGAAGUUCAAGGCAACCUGACACAUCUGGUGCUUGGCUCCUGAAGACACCCUGAAACCACCGCGCAGGCAGCCAGCCAGAGGCAAGCCGCCCGGCACCAAGAUGGCGCCCGCGGCGGCUGCCCGCUUCCAAGAUGGCGGCGCACCGCGCCUGCGCUCCCGGCCUGCCCGCCCGCGGCUUCCCUCCGGCGGGGAGCACAACUCUCGUAGCCGAGCGCCGGUUGCCCUUCGGCCUGGGUGGUGGUCCGGGCCGCCGCCCCGCGCCAUGUGGCUCCUCGGCUGGUGGCAGGUUCUGCUGUGGGUGCUGGGGCCUCCCGCCUGCUGCCAGGAAGUUGCAGAGGAAAGUGGUCACAUGUGGUCAGGGGAGGAGCAGCCUGCCCCUGCUUUCCAGAUGGGGACUGUGUACAUGAGUGAAGAGGAGCCUUCACAUGGCCCAGUGGUCCUGGACACGUCAGCAGAAGAAGCCGAUGCAGUGCUGGGGCUGGACACCGAGGGCAACCACAUGGUGAUGCUGUCUGUGAUUCCUGGGGAAGCCGAAGACAAACUGAGCUCAGAGCCCAGCAGUGGCACCUGUAGGGCUGGAAGGAAGGAAGACUCACCAUGCCACCUCCCAGAGAGCCUCUUCUCUCUGGACAGCGCUGGAGCCAACAUCCCGGAUAGAGAAGAGGAGGAUUACACGGAGCCAGAAGCAGUGGAAGCUGACCCGGCCCCCACUGAGGACUCCAAUCACACUGAUAGCCAGAAAUCCCCUAAGGUCAACUGUGAGGAGAGAAACGUCACUGGGCUAGAAAAUUUCACCCUGAAAAUUUUAAAUAUGUCACAGGACCUUAUGGAUUUUCUAAACCCCAAUGGUAGUGACUGCACGCUAGUCCUGUUUUAUACCCCUUGGUGCCGAUUUUCUGCCAGCUUGGCCCCUCAUUUUAAUUCUCUGCCCCGGGCAUUUCCAGCUCUUCAUUUUUUGGCCCUGGAUGCAUCUCAGCAUAGCAGCCUUUCCACCAGGUUUGGCACUGUAGCUGUUCCUAACAUCUUGUUAUUUCAAGGAGCUAAACCAAUGGCUAGAUUUAAUCAUACAGACCGAACAUUGGAAACACUCAAAAUAUUCAUUUUUAACCAGACAGGUAUAGAAGCCAAGAAAAAUGUGGUGGUAACUCAAGCUGACCAAAUAGGCCCUCUUCCCAGCACUUCGAUAAAAAGCGUGGACUGGUUGCUUGUAUUUUCCUUAUUCUUUUUAAUUAGUUUUAUUAUGUAUGCUACUAUUCGAACUGAGAGCAUUCGGUGGCUAAUUCCAGGACAAGAGCAGGAACAUGUGGAGUAGAGAUGGACUGAAGGAAGUUGGAAAGAGGAAUUUCAAUCCUUCAUUUCAGAAAUUAAUGCUGCAAUUUCAUACAUCUUCUCCACUGAAGAGUUGAUUUACAACUUCAAAGAAUCAUGCAUUUGUUGAACUGUUAAAUGUGUAAAAAAACUGAUAAACUGGUGUUUUAACUAGUAUUGCAAUAAGCAAAUAUAAAAAUACUCAGUAGGAUUCA